GUGCGCUUCCUGCGGCAGGCGGAAACCAGCAGCAGGUUUGGAGGUGACCGAAUGGCCGAGUGCAGGACUUCAGUGCUUUCUCUGUGAAUAAGGGGCUUCAGGGUAACUGGUUUGAGUGUUGAGUGGUCAGGGUGGUCGCUAUGGGGGCUCACCUGGCGCGGAGCUACAUCACGGAGAGGGACUCGGCUCCGGACCCGACCAAACCGUCUGAACACGAGCCGCAGUUCGGCUUCCAGGAGGAGCGGAGCGAGAGGGUGCCUGUGGCGACUCAGGAGCAGAUGAACUUGGCGAUGCUGCCGGUGGAGCAGAGAGACUACUGCGCUCACCACCUGCUCAAACUGAUGAAGUGUAAGAGAGACAACUUCCCCAACUUCCUCGCCUGCAAACACGAGAGACACGACUGGGACUACUGCGAACACCAAGAUUACGUGAUGAGGAUGAAGGAGUACGAGCGAGAGAGGAGGCUGAACCUGAGGAAGAAGAGGAUUGAAGCGCAGCCAGCGUGAUCUCCCCUCCCUUUAUCCUCCCUUCAUCCUAUCCCUCUUUCAUCGUUCUCUAGUAUCUGUUCUCUUUGUCUCUACAAAGCUGCUCUCAUAAUAAAUAAAGAGUACGUUAUGAGCCGUUGGCCACACGCUAA